ACUUAUAUCCCAUUGCAUUGGAGAAACGGAAAAGUUUGUGGGAUUAGUUUUGCAGAUUUAUGAGCUGAAUAUAUUUUUCUCCCCUUUUUUUUUGGCUUAACACUACUGUUCAAGUUUUUACUUCUUGGAGUGGCUAUGGAAGUAGAGGAUGAUCUAUUUUUUGCAGACUUGAGCAAGCAAAUUUCUCUUCUAAUCAUGGAUGAUGAUGAGGACCCUGUUGCAAGAUGUCCUUCAGUUUCUUUCCAGGCCUUCUCUAGAGCAAACCAUCAAACAGCACCUUCCCCAUUUUUCUAUGAGCAAAGUUGUAGAAGAGAAAGCAAAGGAACUGGAGUUUUUAUACCUCAGUCGACGCAACCAAGAAGAAAGCACAGGCAGGGAAGAUUCAGUUCAUUCAACUCAAAAUCUCAUAGGCAUCAUGAUAAAGCAAGAACAGUUUCUCAAGUAUCUUACAACCAUUCUUUUAACUCCAAAAAAGGCUAAGGUGGAAACAUCUUCAUGAAGUGUAGAAUUAAACUAUCAAUACUAAUCCCUUCACCAACAAAGUGCAAAGGCGAGGAGUUUAUGGUUAAUAAUAAUACAUAUAGUGAUAUGUACAUUAAAUUAAAAGUGUUCUUUAUUUGGUUUUGGGGAGGUACAUAAAGGUUUGUAUCUCAACAAUAAUGAAAAUUAAUGUAUGGUUGUUGUUGUUGAGUAUGAUAUAGGAUAAGCUUGUCAUAUUCGAUUAAUGCAAUUAAUUAUCUGAUUUAG